CAGGGAUAAGGCCCCAAUUCUGGUCAUUUGUUCCCUUCAUAUGUCUGGUGUUUUCCUUAUCGAUUCUCAUACCCCCCACCCCUACUCACUCACAUAUCUCCUCCCCAAUUAUUUCUUUCUCUCCCAUGUGUUCCUGUCAGUAUUAAACUGCAAAUUUACAAACUAAGUAGCUCUUCCCCCACCCCACCUUUCACCCACUAACCACUGCAGCUCAACACUUUGUUCAUCCCAUUCCCACUCUUUGUUUGUACCUACCUAAUUGGCCUUUUUCUCCUUUUUUUCUGAUACAAAUGUUUCUAAAUCUCAAAUGUUUUUUCAGCAAUUUUCAAGAUCAAUGAAUGGUUUCUAGCAAAUUUAUGCUUAUUCUUUGGUGAUUGUUUUGGGAGAAUUGUUGGUUUCUGACUGUUCAUGGAUGGUGUGGAAAUGAUCGUCCCGCCCUUAUUCAGGUGCCCCAUAAGUCUAGACUUGUUCAAAGAUCCAGUCACUCUAUCCACAGGCCAAACCUAUGACAGAUCCUGCAUAGAGAAAUGGCUGGCUGCUGGGAAUUCGACGUGUCCUGUCACAAUGCAGAAGCUACAAGACCUGUCGAUGGUGCCUAAUCACACGCUUCGCCAUCUGAUCGACGAGUGGCUCCAAUUCAAUACCCAAGUUGAGGCUCAUGAUUGCAUUGAGCUAACUGAAAACGAUACUUGUAUUGCCACGAUGAAGCAAAUUAUCGAGUCAGAUGAAUCCACAUUGGAAACCAAGCUUCAAGUACUGGAAAAGGUCCAUUGCUUGUCCCAAGAGCUGCCACUCAGGAAUUCUUGCUUGCUCAAAUUGGACUUCUUUGGACUACUCUUGGAACUAGUUUUCAGAAACACAGAAAGCUUGAAUUUGAGAUUUGCUGAGAAAGCACUUGUCUGUGCUUUAAAGUUGAUGCCUUUUAGUGACAUAAGGACUAUCAACAUAUUGAAACAAGAGUCCAAACAAGCAGUGUUUGUUUCUCUGUUUCAACAAGGGAGCAUGUCCAUCAAGAAAAGCUUAUGCCUUAUGGUGGAGGCAAUUUCAUCAUCAGUUCAAGAGCUCUGCGAAAAGCUUGGUAUGUCUGUCCAACUUGUGCAAGGACUCGUCCAUCUACUUCAGCACAAAUCUGAGGCCGGGAUCAGAGCGGUAUCCGGACUAGCGUUGAUGGAACGGAACCGUGAAAAUCUAGCAAGAGAAGGUGCAGUAGAGGGGCUGAUAGACUACCUAUCCACUGCCGAAAUCCACAAGAGAAGCUUAGCACCAAUGGCAAUGUCCACAAUUGAGAACCUUCUAUCAGUUCCCACAGCGAAAGACGUGAUCAUCAAUCACCCCUCUGGUGUUAAAGCAAUUGUGAAAAUGGUGUUCAGAGUAUCAGACCAUCAAGGCAGUGAAAGUGCCGUAAAUUCGCUACUUCUGAUAUGUUCAGAUUCAAAAAGUGCAAGGGAGAAGGCCAUUGUUGAUGGGGUCUUGACUCAACUUUUGCUGCUGCUUCAGAGCCAGUGCAAUGGUAGAAUCAAAACUAAGGCAAGAAUGCUGCUAAAAUUGCUUAGAUCAAUGUGGAAUGAGUAAUGCCUCAUAGCUGUAGUAUAUAAUUCUCAAUCUAAAUUUAUGAUCAGGCUGUGAUUAAGAUCAGAUGUAUUUGUUGGAUCCUGCAGUAUACUAAUUAUACUCAGGAUUAUCAAUUUAUCUUAACAUCCUUUGGUACUAAAA